GAAAAGAGAGACACAUCUGAGAAAGACAGAGAGUCGAGUCGAGUCCAACAGCAACACCAUCAACACGAAAGGCAAGCCAUCACCCCCCUUUCGAACAUAUUCCUCCCUUGCUUAAAAGAGUCAACCAUGCCCUUGGUGAAGAUUUUUGCAAGAAGCACUCUCGCAAAGCCGGUUCCCUUGGCCGCCAUUCAGUCGAAGCUUUGUGAUAUAUGGGGAACAAAACCCAACACAACCAAGUUGAUCCUGCAACGAGUGGAAGACUGGACCGACGAAAGCUUUCAAGAGGAUGUCUAUGUAGAUAUUCGAGCUUAUGGGAAAUCAGAACGAACACGUGAAUUUGUGUUGGAUGGUAUGAAGCAGGCCCAGGAGGCGUUUCAGCAACAUGAUUUGAUUGCCAAUAUGCGGCUAGAGACAUACGAGGGAGAACGCUAUUUCCAUGUUCCGCCAACGUCAAAGUAAGGUCCUGAUGGCUGGCUAAGCAGAAAGUUCCACCGGAUGAGGUUGGCCAGGCGAAGCAACCAGCACAGGCAAGCAAACUCUGCAUCAUUGGCGCAUUUAAUAUUAAUGAGCUAGCAUGUCGAUUCAUACCGGUUU